GUGAGGUCGUAUUUAUGGAAAGGACAGCAUAAUAGCUCGCAUCAUCAUCGUGAUUUCGGCAUGCCCGAGAGGCCUGCAAGGGUUUGCUACGAGUGUGAGGCGAAGUUCGGCAUCUUGCUUCGGCGGUAUGAUUGCCCGAUAUGUGGUCGGAUCUUCUGCGGCAAGUGCGCAGCGAACUUCAUACCCGCGGAGUAUGAUCGGUCAAGGCGGAGAGCGAUGGAAGGGGGGGGAGGGGGAGCCGUCGGGGAGAGGGGGGUGUGGGGGGGACCCGAUUCCGCAUCGUUGGCCGGCUCGACAUCGUUAUCUCAUUCCGGCGGACAAUCGGAUAGCGGACUCGCCAGCAGUGCCGCGCCAUCGGCGGCGCUCGGCGUGGGGGCAGGGGUGAACGGCGGAGGCGGGGGGGAAGGAGGGGAAAUGGUGCGAGCUUGCAACUUCUGUUAUGCUGUCGAGUUCGGACAGAAUCAACAACAUUCGAGUCGUGCACUAAGUGCCACCACUAGCAGCAGCAGAUUGUGGACUGGAGGAGGAGGAGGAGGAGGAGGAGGAGGAGGAGGAAAAGCUACUGGAGGCGCAGCCGUUGCUUCGUCAACCUCCUUCCUCAGGGACGGCGAUGCCAAUGGUCUCCUUUCGGCGCCAGAUGGUAAUGCUUCAGGCAGCGGAAGUGGUGCGGACGCCUUGGGGACUCUGCCGCCGCAAAGCGCGCCGUUCAUGCCGCUCGAUUCCCGGGCCGCGGACGAGGGAUCGAGCAGCGAGAGGAUCUUCUCGCCGUCUGGAUCCCCUUCUCACAGCGCAGACAGCGGUCUUCUAUCGAACAGAACAAGGUCGCACUCGCCGCUGACCUUCGCUGCCGCAGGCGAACGCGGCGUGCCCCCUGACAGCGGGGAUGAGUCGGAUGCUUAUUUGAAAGAACAGAAGAUGAUGACUGGCAGGAGGCCGCCGUUUGCACUUAAUGAGAGUUAUGCCUAUUCGCCGCAUGGCGCAAGUGAUCAUCCUCAUCGUGCUGAUGAGGACGAUGGUGGUGGGUGGGUUGAAGGGGAGGGUUUUACUACCUAUGGAUGGGGGGAGCAGAUGGAAGUGGAGGCAUUGGUAGUGCAGGGAGGUGGAAGAGGUGGCGAGGACGGGGAGAGUGAUGUGGUUGGUGGUCGAGAAUUCCCAUCUGACGACAGUGGGGCGGAGGCGGACGGAGAGCCCACUUGUGGUGUAAGGCAAGGCACGACAGACGGUGGCAGGGGGGAGGGGGAAAGGUUUGAUAGUCGGGGAGGAGGAAAGCCUGGUCAGCAGGAUGAAGGAGAGACUGUGCAGGCACAGCCUGGUCGCAGGAGGCCUGAAGAAGAGCAGGAGAGAGGAAGGGACAUUCCUGAGUAUGGACCCGGGUCAGAAGAGGAGGAAGAUGAGAAAGAAUAUGAGGUGCAUGAUGAUGUGUGGUUGAAAUCUCUAUUGCCCGGGAUUUCAGCAGAAAUGAAUGAGCUCAAGCCGUGGGAGCCGCCUGAACCCGAUCAUGAGUACAUUCCACGGGAUGUAUGGGUGGAUGAUGAGGAUGAGGAUGACAGUUGGAGACAGUUGCCAGUAGCAGGAGCAGCAGCAGCAGCAGCAGCAGGAGGAGGCUUGUUGGUUGGGCCAAUGGAGAGGGAGAAAGAGAAAGAGUCGUUAUCGUCGUCAUCAUCUCUGGCUGGGAUGGAGCAUGAGCGUGGAGGCGAAGAGGUGAGGGAGGGAGACAAGGUGAGGGCAAAAGGGAAAGAGGCUUGGAGGGCAUUGAGGGCGGUCAUGGACAGUCACAUUAGGGAACUUGUGGCUCAACUCUUGCAGUCUGCAGAUCUGAAGGUCGCUGACGAAGGAGAUGAGGAAGGGGGCUGGCUGGAUGUGGUCUGUAAGUUGAUAGCUCAAGCGGUCAGUCUCAUUCGCCCUGAGACUGGGACGAAUGUCAUGCACCCGAAACACUUCGUGAAGAUAAAGUCCAUUGCCUCUGGAAAGAAAACAGAAAGCUGUGUGGUCAGAGGGAUUGUUUGUCGAAAGAACGUUGCUCAUCGACGGAUGAUGGCCAGCCAUAGGAAUGCAAAGUUAUUGUUGCUCGCUGGUGCGCUGGAAUAUCAGCGACCCUCUGACACACUUACGUCCCUGGACAGCUUAUCAGAACAGGAGAAGAACCAAUUAAGUAAGGUAUUUGCAAGGAUUGCUGUCUCCAAACCUGAUGUACUCCUUGUAGAGAAGACCGUAUCACGUUAUGCACAGGAGCGACUUCUGGAAGUGGAAAUAUCAUUGGUUAAGCAUGUGAAGCUGAGGUUGAUGGAAAGGAUAGCACGCUGCACAGGUGCAAAGAUUGUUCGAAAUACAAAUGAUUUGAUAACUACAAAACUGACGUUGGGAGAGUGCGAGCACUUCUAUGUCGAGAAGUUUGUGGAGGAGCUUGGCUCAGCUGCACAGCAGGGAAGAAAAACGUCUAUGUUGAUGUACUUUGAUGGAUGCCCACGGCCUCAUGGAUGCACUAUCAUUCUCCAUGGUGCUGCUCGUGAGGAGUUGAAGCGGGUCAAGCAAGUCACUCGCUUUGCUGUGUUUGCAGCAUACAACAGCAUCCUUGAGUCAGCUUUCCUUGCUGAUGAAGGGGCAGGGUUUCCAUCUUUGCGAGGGAAACCAAAUUGGGAAGGAGUUCAACUACGGAGAAGGCUAUCAUUGGAGAAGAAGUUGGCAAGUGGAGGCAACGGAUGUGUGAGUGAUUCAGACCUGAAGUCUUUGGUGCUGCGGCCCAUCUUGUCUGUCUCACCAUUUGUGAGAUUUGCAGUAGGAAAUUGCAAGGACUUGUUAUCGAGGCACUUGUCUGAACUAAUGAGACAGGCUGGUUGUGGUGGCAGCAGCAUGAUAAGGACUCAAAGUGACACAGGGGCUUUCGCCGGGCAUACACUUAUGCCUUCAGGAAAGGCACAAGUCAACCGAGUGCUAUCCGGUGUCGGCUUGGCAGUCCAUGGCACGAUGAGCACGCCACUCAGUGGGAGCGCCACCCCUCCAGUUGUCUUCCUGGAUAACUUUUCACUAGCAGAGCUUGACGCAGCAACAACCUGUGCUCAGCGUAUGCAGUCAUUGGUUGAUUCAAGUGGCUUGGCUCCUCUUCCUCAAUUGCAUGCGACCCAGGAGCAUAACCUAGUUCACUCUGCAGGCGUGGCAGAUAUGCUAAGCAGAAGUACAAGUUCAUCGUCGUUAUACCGGGCGUUUCAGGAUGGAAUGCCACCAGCAUCUGGAAGUGCCAGCAUUGAAAGUGUGUGGCCUGAUGCGGCGGCAGCAUCACCGGAAGUGGCUGGCCAUUCGGAGGAGUGUAAAGAAGACGGUGCAGCCAAGAGAACAGUCAGAGAGAUGACAACAUUUGAGAAAAUGUUCCUGCCGGAAAGUCACCAAUGUAUUAACGUCCUGUCAUCGGUCCGUUGUCCUCUGAAGGGGAAAGUGUGCGAGGAGGAAGAGCGAUCAUAUGAGUUCUAUGAUGAUCUUCAUGAUCUCCCGCUUGGACAGUACUUGCUGUCACUCAUGCAAAGCAUGUCUUGCAAAGGGGGAUGUGAUGUGCCUGCACAAGCGCAUGUACAAUGCUUUGCUCAUCGGUCUGGCUCGGUGACAGUCAGGAUGCGUCAGUUGCCGGUGGAGCAUGCACAUGCACUGAAAGGGCCGCCUGAGGGUCGUGUAUGGAUGUGGCAUCGCUGCCUACGCUGUCCGAAAGUUGAUGGGAGAAGGCCUGUAUCUAAAAGAGUGGUAAUGUCAGACACAGCUCAUGCAUUCUCAUUCGGGAAGUUUUUGGAGCUCAGCUUCUAUAAUCAUGCUGCCACAUCACAAGCUCUCAGAUGUGGGCACUCCAUUCACAGGGACUGCCUUCGCUUUUUUGGGAAGGGAACAAUGGUAGCUUGUUUCCAUUAUGCUCCGAUUUCUGUACAUGUAGUGCGACUGCCGCAUUUGAAGUUGGAGCUCAAGGAUAAGUCGGUUGAUGAGUGGCUACAGGAGGAAGGGAAGGAGAUUGUGGACAAGUCAGAGUUGGUCUUUACAGAAGUGUUGAACAAUCUGGGUGUGAUUGGUAAUCAAAUCGCUGGUUCGGCUGCGGCUGCCAUUGGGCCAGAAAAGACCAUAGAAGCGCGACGGCGCGUUGGGGAACUCGAGGCUGCUUUCCAGAAAGAGAAAGAGUUCUAUGAGGCAAAGCUGAAGGAGAUUAGCCCGUUUUUGAUGGGGGAUACCACAGCAUACGAACAGAAGAUUGAUAUCCUGGAACUGAACAGAUUGAGGCGGCACCUUGUUACCCUAGCUGCAAAGUGGGACUUGCGUCUGUUUCAUAUGUGUGGAUAUCUGGGGAUAAAGAGAUUCCAGGAGAUACCAGCCUUGCUAAUGUUGCCUGUUGUGAAAGACGAUCCAUUGUUGAAUGUGUUGAAGAAUCCAUCAGCUGGUGUCAUUCCCAUCCAGCACAGUACAGCACCUGUAGAUAAAAAUCCAUUAGUGCCAAGAGUGAGCUCUGACUCUGCAAUGGAGUCCAAUUCGGAUGCGAGAGGAGAAGUCCUUGCAGACUCUCGCCAUCAUGGGGAUGUCUAUGCUGGAGGCGAAUCGGAUAAUGUUGGUGCCAAGAGAUUGAUAAGAAAUGCCUCGGACCUGCCUGCCAGUUCUAGGGCUCUUGACAAGGAGCUGCGGGUGGAUGUGAACCCAGGGAUGAAACAUAGUGCCAGUGUGGCAACAAUUUUGGCUCCUCAGGAUGUGAGUGCUGGGAUUAAGCAUAGUGCGAGUCUUGUGACUAUCUCAGCGGCUCCUGAUGCCAACCCAGCUGUGAAUUGGACUACCGCUUCAGAGAAUUCAAUGUCAACUAAUGUGUCCUUGGAAGCGACGGUUGCUACGGCAAGGGAGAGCAAUGCUAAUGCAAAUGCUGGUGAUGUGGUUGACGUGGAGCAAAGGCUCAGUCAGGGAGAGAGCAGUGAACAGGGUAGGACUGAUCACUCUGAAAUGGAUGGGAAUUGGCAUGAGUGUAGAGAUUUGACAAGAGAGAGUGCAGAGAGGGAGGAGCAGAUGGGAAAUCAAAGACAUAGUCUGGCAAAAGAUGGUGAUGAGGGGAGUGCUGAUGCUCCCCAGGAGGGGUCGAUGCCAACGCAGCUCGUGGACGAGGGGAGGUUAAGUCGUGGGAAACGAUCAAUACUGGAGGGUGCCACUUUAGCUGAUAUUCCUAAAUCUCUUGAGGAUGGGUGGAUGGGGGACAUGCAAGUGCAUGCUCAGAACGUGGAGGGCAAGCGCGAACUUAUUCUCACAAGUUCCCAGGCGCAAUCUACAGUCAGUUUUCCGUUGGGUCAUAGCAUCCCAGAAGUUCAUGGGCAGACCAGAACGACAGUGGCAAGAACAGGAGCGAAUGAGUCAGGUGAGAGUGUGAGAGAUGAAACGUCUGUUGUUGUAGUGAAGGGGGUUUCGGCACCUGAUAGCCUGGCUGCUGUAUCAGUUAUGCCGCGGCCUCUAGAAGUUGGGACGAGCGUCCUGCUAGACGGUCAACCGCGGGAUGGAGUUGAAGAGUCUCCUGUAAGUGGGCUUGUGCAUGCAAUUUCUAAGUCACCUCCCAUGCCGGCCCAAGAGACACUGGCUCUGCCAUGUGUCACCGAGAAAGACAGUGUUGAGUUGACUCCUGUGACAGCAGCAAGUUCCUCCGAAGGGGCAGAGGGAAAUGGUUGCAAGUCGGGAGAAGAUCUGUUGUUGAAAGGUGCAGAAGGAAUAGUGCGGGCAGAUGAAGGAGACCCCAGCAAACCAAUGCAAACACCUGGGAAUGUAAAGCUCCAACGAACUGUUCAGCAUAUCUCAUCUGGUUCAAUCUCUCAGCCAGGUUCCCCAUCGAAAAUGGAGAGAUCAGAUAGCAUGACAUCAGAGAGACUGCCACCUUUUGAUCGUCCGGCCCCAAGCUUACCUGUUGGCGGUUCACUCAUAUUGCAGACAGCACAACAUGGUGGAGGAAGGAUGUUCUGGACAGGAAGCAAGGGAAAUGAUGAUGCAGUGGUCGUGGUAUACGAUGAGGAGCCCACUAGCAUCAUAGCAUAUGCGGUCAUGUCUGCAGAUUACCAGAAUAAGCUGGAUGCCAUGCAGAGGGAAGCAGAGAAGAAAGAGGUUAACAUAUUCAGUGUACAUCAACCUGCUUCUGAUCCGGCUAGUUCUGCUUGGAAUUCACAUUUCUCUAGUGAAGUGAAUUCUGACGGUGGCAGAGUAGGUGGCCUGCCACGCCAGAACGGUGUGGAUACUGCUGUGGCAGGUGAGGUGGGUACUCCGAAGGUUAUGCUCGAUGAUGAUGGUUUGCUAUCACAACAGAGGGAUCCUCCCAUUCUGGUCACCUUCACAGACGAGGCGUCAUCUCCAAAAGUCAGAUUUGAAGUCAAUGUUUACUAUGCAUUACAGUUUGAUGCUCUACAGAAACGCUGCUGUGGUGGUGUGGUCAAUUUUGUUCGAUCCCUUUGUCGGUGCAAGAAAUGGGUCUCUGACGGCGGGCGAAGCAAUGUUUAUUUCGCGAAGACUUGUGAUGAUCGCUUUGUAGUGAAGCAAGUCACUAAAACGGAGAUGACGUCGUUCUUAGAAUUUGCUCCAAAGUACUUUGCGCACCUGUCAGACGCAAUGAAGUACCGGAAACGUACAUGCCUCGCCAAGAUCUUGGGAGUUUAUCAUGUCAAGACUGUGAAGGCCAACAACAAAUUAGGUCUUGAUCUUAUGGUUGUUGUGAUGGAGAACCUCUUUUAUGGCCGUCGGAUAAGCCAGAUAUAUGAUCUCAAGGGAAGUCGACGCAGUCGAUACAACGAUAUGACUGGGAAGAGUAAGGUCCUUCUCGAUGAGAAUUUGCGCGAGGCGAUGGGCACACAGCCCAUCUACGUUGAUGUCAGAUCGAAGAGGAUGCUCCAGAAUGCUGUCAACAACGAUUCAAAGUUUCUGGCAAAUGUGCAUGUGAUGGAUUACUCUCUCUUGGUUGGCAUGGAUGAGGAUAAGGGGGAGCUUGUUUGUGGCAUUAUCGACUUCAUUCGGCAGUACACAUGGGACAAGCAUCUGGAGACGUGGGUUAAGGGCUCCGGCAUUCUGGGUGGACGGAAAAAUGUUGAGCCGACAGUUAUCUCUCCUGCAGAUUAUAAAGCUCGUUUUAAGAAAGCAAUGUCAGACUACUUUGUUGUUGUUCCUGACCAAUGGCAUCAGUGGAACCGAGAAGAGAGUCCCGAACGAGAGAGACUCACGGGCUCUGAACGAGGUGGUACUGUGAGUCCAAUGAUAACAGGUUCUUGAGGAUAUCCUAAUUAAUUUGUUCUCUCCUUUUUCUUAUUCCCUCCCGCCUGUCAGGGAGUUGACUGUGGUUCCCGUAAACGUCAUCGAUGGUAAUCUGUAAGUAUAUAUAUAUAUAUAUACAUGAAUGCAUGCUCUCAUGGAGGGAAGGAGAGCUUGGCAAGGAGAGGUCAAGAUAUGGUGUUCUCGACAAUGUAUGCUGCACAUUAUGGAAGUGGAGCCCUUGUAGCUGGGCAUAGUUCGCUUUGUGUGGAUGCUUUGCUUCAGAUCACCUUCGUUCUGCACAGUUGCGUGUUCUUUCAGCAUCCAGGUUUGGUUAGGCGGGAGCCGAUCUCUCUCUCAUGGGUACUCGCAUACCUGUCAAUUGCCUGCAUGGUGUGGCAGUGGAGCUGUAGUAGUAGUCAAACAUACUGCAAUUUGCUGCAAUGGUUUAGGUGGGAUGCCUUUCAUUCCGCUUGGCUUGGUUCGAGUCACAUUGCAAGGGGGAGGAUGCCAGUGUAUCUCAAUCCCACACUUUCAGUCUAUAUUAGGAAAACAUUCCAAUAGUAUGCAGAGCUCUGCUGGCAAGAAAGAUGUACUGUGGCGGGAGGGGUGAUAUUUUCGGAUGACAGCAUCGCAAAUGCUUGCACCGAAAAUGUCUUGACGGUGCAGCAACAUGCUUUGCCAGCAGAUCUGCUGCUGUUGCUGCUGUUGUCGAGAGAGCACACAGCUUCGCUGUCUUCGUCGACCUGUCAACAGUCAGUAGUGGAUUUAUGGCCAAGCAAUUGCUCUGCAACCAAUCUGAUGAUCUGUGGUGAGAUUGGAUGGGAUGGAAAGUCGCAAGCUGUUACAGGUCCAGAGGUUCUUUGGCCCAGGGCCGAAGAAUGGAGUCGUCAUGCCUGGGCUUUGUGCCAUAGGUCCAUCAGUAUACCCUCGCGACUACAGUCUGUCUUUGUUAUUUGGUGUCCUUGGGAUGAGGGUAGAUGCAUGCCCUCUUUCGCAGUGAUGAGAGCAGUGAUCAUGGAAGCACACCGAGGGAAGGAAGCCAUUGCACGAGGCGCUGCAUAACAACUGAUGGGCGUAAUGACAGCUGGAGGCGAGCUCGAAGUUGUCUGAGAGGUGUGGAUUGAUUACUAUGACGCCGCUGUCAUUGCUCUUUUCUGUUCUUUGCUCGAUCUGUGGCUGUGUAUGGAUGUGUGCCUCUGUGUGUAUGUGUAUGUGUGUGUGUGUGUGUGUGUGUAAGAGUGUGUGGGGAAGUGUGUGGAAGUGUGUGUGUGUGUGUGUGUAAUUGUCUAUGUGCAAAUGCGUGCGCACAGAAACGUGUGCAUGUUGCACAGGGGGUAGGCAGGAGUGGUUGCGACUGCAGUGUGUGGGCAGGGACGGGGGAAAGUGCGAAGCGAGGGUGAGAAGGGCGACGAGAGAGAGAGAGAGAGGAAGAGAGAGAGAGAGAGAGAGAGAGAGAGAGAGAGGAAAGGAAUGAACUGUCAGUGGCACUUUUAUCCAGCUUGACGGUUCAGGGUUUUGUUUUCCUUUUCUAUUUUUGUAGUUGUGGAAGAGCCUUGGGUUUCCAGUAGUAACGUGUAGGUGGUCGCAAUUCUGGCAAGGGGGGAAAUUUGUUUGUGUGUCUUUUGUUUUGUUUUGUUUUUUUAACUUUUUUUGGUUUGGGCUCAACUUUAGGGCGAAUCUGGGAAGUGCGGUUAGUGUUGUUCUGAAAUUAUUUGAGGGUCAUGUGCUAAAAUUCGAGUCGGAGGGAAGACAAUAAUGUGAUGGGCGGUAGGUUUUACGUACUUUGUGACUGACUUUGUUGUUCUGUAAUGGUAAUCGCGUCAACCACCUGCUCGCUGCCACUCCCUUAUACCUGGGUGACUGGAAAGAUGGGAUGGAUUGGAGACCGCUUCAUGUGGGAACGAGAAUGGAGUUAGGGUGACGGGGGAUGCAGAGGAAUGCAGACCUCCUCCUCUCUUUGCACGAGUAUGUAGAUGUAUUCAAUCGGAAUUUCGUCCUUAGUGGAUGUAGUAGCUAGGCUAGAAAGGCAUGCAAAUUGGCAGACGAACAGUGUGUGGGGUUCUGUCUGUUUCAGCAUGGUUUAGGCGAGUGCGUGAGCACCUCUGAUUGUAGGAAGUGUGUGUCAGGUGUUUCAGUUUUUUUCUGUAUUAUUCAUGGGUGUUAGAGGGUUCUAUCAUGUAGGAGAGUGUAGACCAGGUGAUGUUCUGCGGCUUUUCUGUUGGGCUGAUCGAAUUCAGUGAUGAUCUGCUCCUCCUCUGUGGAUGUUGUUCUUGUCUCCACUCUAUGAAUAUCUUCUUUAAGUACUUUCAAAAGGACUGGGAGGCGUAAUUUGUUAUAUACCAGGAAGUCUCUUUUUAGGGUUCCCCAAACGGCUUGGCAAUGAUUGAACUCUGCCUCCUGAAUGGACGUGUAUCUAUUGGAUGUGGGCAUAUGCCCUCCUUCCUAGUUGGGAUGUAUUCCACUCAUCCUUCAUUCCCCUUGUGCAUUUCCUCUUUUCCUUUCUGUGUUUGCCAUUCUGUUUCUCUGCACUGCUGAGUCCAGGGCAUGAGUUCCUCUGUCUUUCCUCUGUCCUCGUUACACCCGCCUUCCCUUUUCGCAGUAUUUCAUUACUCAAUGCUCAUUCUUUCCUGACCCAAGUUACCCACCUGUGCUCCACCCUCCUCGACUCCAAACCCCUGCACCUUCCUUCCAUGUAUGAUGUUAACAAGCAUUCAAUGUCCCCGACCUCAUUCUUCGUGUCUCUUGUGUGUGUUGUGGGGGGGCCACGGGGCGGGGGAAGCGGGUGGGUGGCGGCGUGCAGUAUGUGUGUGUGUGUGUGUGUGUGUGUGUGUGUGUGUGUGUGUGCACGCGUUGGUCUUGUUCUUUUGUUGUGUCCAAGAGAGAGAGAGAGAGAGAGAGAGAGAGAGAGAGAGAGAGAGAGAGAGAGAGAGAGAGGACGUGGGGGGAGAGAGAGAGGGAUGUGGGGUGCAAGCCAGGUAUGGUGUUUCACUCUUUUCACAUUGGCAAGCUUGCACGGCGUUUGAACGAGUCUGAGAUUUAUUUUUUUUUCUAUAAAAGAUAGAUCUCAGUUGCUGGUUGGUUCUUCUGCUGAUCACAACCGCUUGUUUAAACUGUUCUGGUGGAGCUGGUGAGCCCGCUGGAUGGUUUAGAACGAUCAGAGAGAGUGGGUAGGUCACGACCUGGCAGUAGAGUUGGGUCUUAAAUAUGAGAGCAAGGACUGAUUUGUUGCAGCUUGUCUGUCGUAGCAAGGAAAAUGAGAAGAACAAAUUUAUUGUCUCUGUGUAAGUAGUGUUCCAAUCAUCUUCCCUGGAGAGUGGAGAAGUGGUACACAGCUUCAUUAUCUUUUACACAGCAUUAUGAUCUUUUGUUUUCCCAAAAUCACAGCUUUGUAUGUGAUCUUGGUGAAGGAAGCAUUAUCUUGCUUCAUCAUUUCGGAAAAGUAAUAAUAAUAAUAAAGUGAUUUGCCCUGGCUUGUUCUCUUCCCAAGGUCUUUGCAAAUCAUGACAAAGGCAAGUGUCCCCUCUCUUAUUCCUCCUCCUCCUCCUCCUCCUCCUCCUCCUCCUCCCUUCACUUGAAAUUGUCCGUUGUUCUACUUCCUCCCCUGUUAGACUGGGAUGGGAAGGUGCAUCCUUUUUUUUAUGUGGGAGCGCGAGUGCCAGAUGGUGGCCACUGGCCAGUGCUAAAAUGAUCACAUGACAUGAC